CGCUCCUCGGCACGGCCUGGGCGACCUGGCCCAACCCAGGCAGCCAGUGGACGUCUCGCCCAGACCACUCACUCGUCGUCGUUGAAGCGGUCGCCCGCGCCGGAACCGGACCCUUCCGUUCCUCGCUGCCUCCUCCCCUUUUCUCCUCUCCUCCGCCGCGUAUAAAUAUUUGCCGAGCACACGCCAUCGUUUUUCAUGAGCUCAGCUCAGCCCAUCAUCUUCUUCUUUUUUCUAUUGCUCCUUCCCUCCCUCGCCCGCUCACCACCAAACAGCACCUGCAGGGGCCUCUCGCUUCGCAGUUCACACGGACCCCACGGAGGGGAGGAGGCGUCCAUCACUAAAUUAUUUGCCCGGUUAGGCAACCGCAACUACCGAGAGUUGAAGCCCGGGGACGCAGGAGGCGUCGUACAGUAUAUAGCGGAGGAGCACCCACCCAGCCAGGGGAUUUGGAUUCGGAGGAGCAGUUGAGCUUGGGGGGACAAGGCCCGGCACCAGGAGCAACAAGAAGCGUCUGGAGACGACGGCAAGUGGAAAGGCGAAGGCGAAGGCAGAGGCAGCGUUCUCUGAAUCUCUGAUCAUCGACAGCUCCUAAUGUCCUGGGGCCUGUCGGCUCAUGGAAAAUUCAGACGCCAGGCCGGUUCACCGCGUCAGAUGUCCGAGGUGCCACUGCGUUCUUGAGGAGCCCGGCGCACCCGUCUACCAAUGCGGUGGAUGCGGCACUAGUCUUCGAGCCAAAAACCGCACCGGCAGCGCAGGAGACGCGCCAAGGGCUUCGCCCUCAAGGAGUGGGCUGCCUCCUCAGGGCAGACACUUGGACUCCACUGACGUCGCCAGCACCAGCAGGUCCAGCACCCCCACUUCCCUUGAUGCCACCAGCAGCAGGCACCGAGCCACCGACACGACAAGCCUGCGUGAGUCCGGUGACCUCGUGUCGGCGAGGAGGCAUGGUUCCGGGAAUGUUGCCAGCAGCAGCAGCACUCCUACUGUUACAAGUAGCAGGCGCCAAGGCACUCACACGAGCGGCGAUCUUGUGUCGGCGAGGAAGCACGAUUCCGGUGAUGUUGCAAGCAGUAGCAGCAUUGCAGUUGCCACAAGCAGCAGGCGCCAAGGCACUGCCACGACGAGCCGACGCGAGUCCGGUGAUCUCGUGUCGGCGAGGAAUCGUGUUUCUGAGCAAGUGGAACUGAUGGAGAAGAGGGGACAUGAUCAGAGUGCUGCCAAUCAUGUGAUCUCUGACAAUUCUGAAGGUCGAAGACAAGCAGAUGCUGGUAGCGCCGAUCGCAGUGCUACUUCUCCCAAAGAAAACAAAAAUGCUACUUCUGAAUUGAAGGAUGAUAUUGAGAAGAGGAUGCAACGCCAGGCUGAAUCACCCGAUGCUGCAAGAAAGAAACAUUCAGGUGAAGCCACAAUGCAGCCGCAGUACAACCAUCGCGAAGAACUCGCACCGAAAUCAGCUCAAGCCCCAACUGCGCAUUCUGCACGAGAUGCGUUGGGACAGGAAGCUGCUGCUGCCGGGGAAAAGGCGAUGAGCCCAUCUCGCCAGGAGAUUCAAGCAGAAAACUUGGGGCCCUUGCGGAAGAAGAUUCUGAAGACGGUGGAUGAGCUGAAAGGCGACCUCUCCGAACUUUUCAGUAAGUCCCCAGAGCUCAAUCCAACGCCACGCGCGCGUCCUCCUCGUCUUCCCAAGCAAGAAGGAUACGUGUCUCGCGCGGCCGUGGCCCCAAGCCUCCAUUCCAGAGCUCGUCAUGCAGCUGCUGCUGCCGACGGCCACCGUGGCAGCCCGGCUCGUGUGGUCAAGCCCGGCCAAGUUGCCGCUCCUCCGCGUGGCUUGCCGUCACGGCGCUACCGCCAGUGCAGAGCCGACCCGUGCUGCCACAACGUGCAGCCAAGGUCGUGCCAUCACGGUUGCUGCCGCCACCGCGGCAAGCCGGAGUGCGGCAGCUGCCGUGGACACUGCUCCAGGCCCAGAACGCAGGAGCCAUCAUCCGCGCCGCGGAAGACACCGGCAGCAAAGGAGGCCAAGCGGCGCCUGCCGCCCCGCAACCACUGCCGGCCGGUCCUGAAGGGCGCGCCGUUCAUCAUCUGCUCCAGCUGCUUCAAGCUUGUCCAGGUGCCCGCCGACUUCGCCGUCUCGACCAAGACCGUGCGCAAGCUGCGGUGCGGCUCCUGCUCGACGGUCCUAUCCUACUCCUACAGGGACCCGGCCAGGAAGAAGGCUUGCCUGCUGGACUCCCUCGACCAGUUCAGCACAGACGGUUCCGAGCUGCUGGGCGGCGAAGGCUGCGCGGCACAGCCGGACCCCUUCGCGCCGUUCAUCGACGGCUUCGGGCUGAGCAGCUACUCGACGGAGGACGAGCAGGCGCUGCACGUGUCGAGGAACACGUCGUUCGACACCCUCGACGGGACGAAAGGCGUGGGCAGGCUGCACCGGCUGAUGGGGUACGGGUCGGCGAGCGAGCUGCUGCGGCACUCCCCUGACCUGUACGAGAGCUUCAGCGAGCGGACGACGCCUAGCGUGGGGCACUACGACAGGAAAGGGAAAGGUGUUUGGGUCGACGACAACGACUACGACGUCGAUGACUCGGAUGAGGAAGACGGUGGCACGCUGAAGAGAUCAGCGGCGAGAGGCUCUGGUUGGCCGCUCCCAGUCCCAGGGAUGCCCGGCAAGGGGAUCCCUGCACCGGGAGCCAUCCGGAUCAAAUGAUAGCAGGGUUGCUAGGCUUGUAUAUAUUUGAGGGAUAGAGGCUUGAGAAGCUGCCUUACUGCAGCUGGCUAGUGUCCUUGGGAAGAGCUAGCCGAUCAGGGUUCAAAUCCUGAUUCCUCAUAUUCGUUCAGAUGAGGUAUUUAAUACCUUCUUAUCGCCUACAUCAUUUUUAGAGGCUUUUGGAAUUGGAUUGCUCCAAUUUUUUUUGGUUGUUAGAAUUCUUAUAGGUAUAGCGUUACCAUUCAUUUUAGGUGCAGUUGGAUUCAUAGGCCGUUUGCUUGUC